AUGGAAAAAGACUUGGAUUCUGAUAAUAAAAAAAUCUUGCCAAUUCCUCCAAUUGACGUACCUAAUUCGAAUGUACUAGAAGCGGUCGGUUCUCCUUUAAGAAUAACAAGCAAUGAACCAUCAGCUGAACCAAAUAUGACCUCAUUGACUGGAUUUGACGAAACUGGUACUAGCACUCAAAAUAUUUUUAGUUUUUCGUCUAAUAUCAAUGAUAAAGAUGAUAAAGAUCAUGUGACUUCAACUGAUACAUCUAAAUUAAUUACAUUUCAAGAAGGGAUAACCAGAACGAGUAAUAAAGAUAUAGAAGCAACAUUUGAAAGUGAUAUAAAUGAUCAAAGUGAUGAUACUGAUACAGAUUCUCAAAAUGAUGAAAUUAAUAUAAAUAUACAAGAUUAUGAAAUGGUCAAAAAUAUACAGAGCGAUGAAGCUAAAAAUGGUGAUAUAAAUACCGAAGAUCAAUUUAAUCAGGAAUCUUCAAAAUCUGUUAAAAGAAGUUGGAGUAUUAAACGAGUCUUUAGCAGGAAAAAAAAGAAAAAUAAGGAUAAUCAAUCGAAUGAUCUUGUAAAAGAUUUCAUGAUCAAUGCGACUGCAAAUCAAGCUCAUGACAUUGCGACCGAACAAGAUAAUCAAAAUGAUCAAAUAUUAGGUCCUCAUGUAAUUCCACCUGAAAUUUUUACCGAAAAUAUGGUGACUACUUAUUUUCAUGUAAUAAUGCCGAAAAAAGUGUUUAAAAGAAAAUUUAUGGUAUUUGUGGUUGGUAACAUUAAGGAACUAGGAGAUGGGAGAUAUGGCAUCGUACAGCUCAAGCGAUAUGAUAAAAAUCCUAUUUAUUGGUAUUCUGAUCCGAUUAGUGUACCAAUUGAUGUUCUUGAAGGUAGACCUAUUCAAUAUGGCUACUUUGUUUACAAAGGCGCUAAAAGUAGUUUAGCAAAAAAGUUAUUUAAUCAGUUAUCUAUCAAAAGUAAUUCUUCAUUUGAAAAUAUAGUUCCUGAUAUCGAUGUUGAUGCUGAAAAUUGGUUUUGGGAUCGCAAAAAACGUGAAUUCAUUUUCAGGGAAAAUCAAUAUGAUUUAUGGUGCAAUACUGAAAAGUACCGAUCAAAGUUAAAAGAUUUAUUAAAGUAUUAUCCAUAUAUCUCUGUUAUCUAUGAAUCGAUUAAUGAAAAAAAUUUAAAGGAGAAAAUCAUUGAAUAUUUAGAUAUUAGCAAGAGACAUGUUUCUAUAUUGGAUUAUAAUGCGUUAGAACGGUUUGUUUUUAAGAAUUUUGGUGAUACAAAUUCCAUUAAGCAAAAUGUAUUUUUAUGCGUUUUGUUAGGCUACGCGAUAAAAGAAAAAAAGCUUAGAAAUUAUAUGCCACUUGGAUAUAAUCUUCCGGAAGAUUUCCCUUCCAUUGAUAUGUUACAAACUUUCAAGAAUAUCAGUAAGGAUGAUUUACCUCAUGGAGUUAUUAAAGUACUGCCACAAGUUGUCUGUACAGUAGUCCUGCAUAUUUCUACCUUUUCCACAAAAUUCGAAUGGAUAAAGGCUUUUGAAGUUGCUCCAAUUAUAGAUCCGAGGUAUACUUUCCUUGAGCAGUUCAAAGUUUCUGUGUAUACGAGAGGAAAUGAGUCAAAUUUCUUAGAAGCACUCAAAAAAUUUGCCAAACCAUCCAUGGAUAAAAUUACAAAUGAUGUCACUUAUGUUAAAAUUUGCAAAAAUCUACUUUCUUUAUGCCAAAGCAUUUGCGCGAUAAUCUUUUUAUGGCAAACCAUUUUUCAUCCCGAUUCAUAUAUGUAUGAUGAUCUUAGUGAAUAUUCUCUCAAUCGUCUAAAUUAUUUUUUAUUGAAUGACAACGCAAAAGAAUUGAACUGGCAAGAGGAUACUGUCUUGCAAGCACUUGGUAUUUUUUCUGCUUCAGGAAACAUGAAUUUAUUACAAAGUUUCCCUAAUCAAUUAGUAAAGUUUCUCGAAAAAGAUUUCAUAGAUAUCGAUUCGAACGAUAAAAGACUCGGUAAAAUUUGUACUCAAUGGUUCAAAAGCGCACUGGCGUGUAUUAAGGAAGAACAAAAUGCACCAAAGCAUAUCGAAGAAAACUUUGCAUGCACAAUAUUUCAUUACCUCUCAACUAUAUACUCCAUCAUGAAAAAAUACAAUAUUACAAGUGCUCAGCUCUUUGAUGCUGCUGAAGAAGCGGUUAAAGUUCUUAAAGAUAAUGUGAUUUUCGAUGCUGCUGUUAAUAUUGGAGAUCUUAAACAAAAAGAGCUUAUAGAGAUAUUUAGUUGUGUAUUGAAAGAAAGAUUUGAUUCAGGUGUCAAAAAUAGUGAUAACAAAUUAUUAAGUAAAAUUAUGAGAAUUUGCAAGUCUAAAGGACAACAAUUACAUAUCCCAAACACACUCUGCGAAGAAAUUGUUUUUCACAUAUUGACAAAAUUACAAGAAAGUUUGUCAAAUAUCGAUAUGAACGAAAUAGAUAUUAUUGAAGAUAACUUACACAAUAUACUGCUUGCCUCAUCAAGCUUUUGGGUCUGUAUCUUAAAAGCAACCGGCUCAGUUGAAGGACUACAUAGCCGGCAUAUGUAUGUGAAAACGGUUCGUCGAGCUAUCACUCAAUUAGCCAAAAAGUUGUUAGAUCAAUCUAUAGAAAUAAACAUGCUUAAAAAUGUACUUUGUUAUGAUGAUAAUAAUUUGUUAGCCUACUUUUCAACGAUUUAUGAGACAUCAAACCUUAAAAUUACCAAAAAAGUUCUUCAAGAUCUCCGUGAUAGUUAUGAUUCAUAUAUGAACAAGUUAAAUAAGCUCAAUGUUUUCUACAAACGAUUUUGUGUAAAAGCCACAGAUAGACAAGAUUACAUUUUAGAUAUAGAAACAAAAUUAAAUAUGCAAGAAAUUGUUAUCCUCGAAAACAUAACAACAAAAUUUUUUUGGAAAUUUCAUUAUCCGAUUAUAGAGGUAGCGCGACGGUCAUAUAUUUAUGCAGAAUCUCAAACAUUCAAAAAUGUUUUUGAGAAAUGUUUAGGUUCAAAUGAAGAGACCUUGACGGUUGAAUUAAUUGCCUUAAAAUAUAUGAAUGCAGCCUUUUUAGACUAUGAUAAUUUAAGAGUUGAAUAUAAAGAUUGGACAAAACUUGAAUGUUCAAAGAUUAGUCCGUUUUGGAAAGGUGUCGAAGUUAAAAAUAUUAAUCACGAACUUGAAUUAAUUUCUCGUGGUAUGAAAUGGCAACCGAAAGAUAACUUGAAAAAGGCAGUAAGCUAUCUUGCUCACAUUAAAUCGUGGCGUGAACGACUCGGUGAUUUAGGAAGAACUUUGAAAAAUUUUAGAGUUCAAGAUGUUGCCGAAAGCUGGGUAGCUAAUGUGCAUAAUAGAUUGCUCAAAGAAUCUUUAACACUUUUAGAAUUGUAUAAUGCAUUUAAUGAAGCAAAUAAACAUAUUCAUAAUCUUGAUGAUAACUGUUGGGCAAUGAUCGGUGCAUUGUCGUUCGCUGGAGAUUUUAUUUCCUGGCUUCAGACAAUAGCAGAGGGUGAUUUAAGAAAUUUAAUCAAUGGAGUGGAUGAUAAACGUGAAGUUCAAGAUGAGACUGUUGCUUCAUUGAUUGAAGUUAAACAAUUUUUGGCACCUCUUAUUAAAGAUAUGGUGAAACUUUUUAAGGAAGGAAAAUCAACACUUACGGUAAUAAAUAAAUUUUUGGAUCACAUUUCUAGGAUAACUUCAAAGAAUGAAACUUUGCAUGAAAAAAUAACACAUUGCUGUUCAAGUAGUCUUGCUCUUCAGAAUAUAUACUUUAGUAUAUUGAAUCGAGGUGAAGUAACUAAAGAACGCAUCAAGGAUGCUGCUACGAGAGGUUCAUACAAAUUUUAUCGUGAUGAGAAUCAUGAUAAAUGUGUAGUAGAAUUGUUUUGUAAAGACAAAUCUGGAAUAAUAAAUUCCUACGAUCUUUUUGGUUUACAAGAUCUGCAAGGACAGGCUCUUUUGAUCGCAAAGCAAGCAGCAUCGGCUUUCGUUUUACGUCUACCAGUUGAGAGAGAAAGUAGUUUAGAACAAGGAACUGAUGAACUGAUGAAAUUUGUACAACAAGUAGAUACAGUACAUCAAAUUAUAAAAUAUGCUUCGCAAUUAAUGGAACUGGGUCAUUUUGCAUAUAGAGAAUGGAGUAUAUCUGUAAAUUCCACAGAAAAUAUGAUAUCACGACUUGAAAAGCUCAAAAAAGAUCUAUAUGAAUGGAAAGAUACUAUGAAACGAGCACAGGAAAAAUAUUACUACUUGACUUUUUAUACAGCAAAACAUGUUUUAGCAUUUUAUGAUUAUUUUAGUUGCAAAGGCAAAGUUGACUCUAAAACUCUCGAGACAUGUGAAAUAUUACUUCGAUUUGUGAGUAAAGGGGCAAAAUUACCACCAAACAAAGGUGAUAUGGAAAUUAAUAUAGAUCAAAUGAAUUUCUACGAAGUUCUCUGCAAAUUAGGUGAAAAAUUACGCAACAUAUUUACAAGAAAAUUUGAAUAUCCCCGACAAAUUAAAACAAAACUCGAACCGAUUAUGUCAGAUGUAGUUUACUCGGGUAAACUAUUUGUUGCGGCAUGCACAGACACUUAUCGCGUAUCUAACAUUAUUUUAUCUUUAUAUGCAAAUCAUCUAUGUAAAAAUCACCAUUUGUAUCCUGAACCAUGGCAAUUAUUAAUGUGUAGAGAAACUACAACUGCUGAAGAAAUUUCACUUUUCAUCAAAAGAUGUUUCCUUGCCUCAAAACAUGAUUAUAAAGAUUACUUAUUUUGUAUUGCAGGUUUGGAGUUUCUUGAUUUCGAAUUACAAUAUAUGUUAGUCAAUGAUGUUCGCUAUUAUCAAGAAACUGAAAAUGAUUAUUACUUGGCUUUAAUUUGUUGUCGGGAAAAUGGUGUUCAUCAUCACAUUCUUGAUCAAUUUUCGGAACGAGUGUGCGCCACUAACGGUCUUGGAGAAAUUACUAUGACAAAUAUGUAUAAAGAACUUUGCCCAAACGUAUUUUGUGUUACUUCCGAUCUGUCUGGCCAAGGCAAAACAGAAUAUAUAAGAAAUGCCAGUUUUAAAAGUAAUUUAAUUAUACGAAGUUUAUUGAUAAGUGAUAAUAUUCAUUUCGAUGAACUAGUUAGAAAGUUGAAUGAGUGUAAACUCAGACCAAUAGAAAGCAUGCACUUGAACAUUGUGUCCGUUGAAAAUCCUGUCGAUGUUAAUGGUUUUCUUUUCGAACUUUUAACACUCGGAUUCGUCUCAAAUAAAACGGACAUUGUUUGCCUUCCAAAAUGUAUAUUCAUCGAGGUUGCAUCAACUGAUAAUGAUCGUCUAUUAAAUUCAAUCCCGAUUGCGCAAUACCUUAAUAGGGUGCACAUUAAAUGGAGUAUAAAUGAACUUGCUGUCUCACAAGAAAUUUCUAGUCCAGUCCAAAUAGUAUCCCAUUAUUUAGAUAUAUACGAUCGUAAUCUGCUUAAUGAAAAGGAUAUUCCGUUCAAUGGAUUGAGACGCGUGAAUAAAACUAUAGAGCCAGAACGAUGUCAAGAGUUGAUACAAAAAUAUUUCUUGAAUGAUAACGAUGAAUAUGUUACAACAUACCGUUUUGUAGAAGUUUUCUUAAAAGUAUUUGCUGAUCAAUUAAUUCGUCUAUCAUCAAGUUCGUUUUUCACCGUUGAUAAUCUUAAACUCAUGGUGGGAGAUAAGAAUAUUCGUACGACAUUGAUGAAAACCUUGCUUGAAGUCUCCAAAGAUUUUGCUACUCGCUCAAUUGCUACAAAAGCUGCUCAAUUGGAAUCAACUGUAAACGUGAAUGAUGAUAAAUUGGAGAAGAUCGUUCAAUGGGAUGCUUCUAAUCAUCUUUUAGUAUUCUUUUUAUCACAAACUCCGGAUUCUAUUUGUGCUCUUUAUCGUGACCGAGAUAAUGUCCCAGAUAACGUGAAACAACUUUUAUUGAGUCAAGAGAUCAGUAAUUAUCAAAUUGAUUUCUCUCUAUCAGAAGAACAAAAAACUUGGGAGUUAGAUGAUUAUCAUACCAUGUCUGCAAGUUCUUUAUUAGAAAAAUUAGAACGUAUAGCGCGAAAAUCGAUGGGUAAAUUAACGUUACCUAAUUAUGCGUUGUCAGCUGACAAUCUUCUUAAAAUGGCCUUGAUUCUAUUGAGAGCUAGAGCAAGCAUUCCAGUGGUUAUAUGUGGAGAAGCAGGUUGUGGAAAGACAAGUCUUAUUGGCUUUUUAGCAUCUGUUGUUGAAGUCAAAUUUAAGGUACUUUCACUUCACGCCGGUGUACAAGAAGAUCAAAUUCAUGAAUUUAUGGAAAUAAGCACCCAGCAUGCCAAGAAUGGCCAAGUAUGGUUAUUCUUUGAUGAAAUCAACACAUGUAAUCACAUUGGACUCCUUGCAGAUCUAAUAGCUCAUAGAAUUCUGUCGGGCAGGCCGAUACAUUGGAAUAUUCGUUUGUUUGCUGCAUGUAAUCCUUAUCGACUUCGCAAAAAAAGUGCAAGUAGUGUAGGUUUGGAAAAAAAUUACCAAGAACAGAGUAAAUUGGUCUACCAAGUACAUCCUCUGCCCAAUCAAAUUUUAGAUUACGUAUGGGACUAUGGCACUCUCAAGCCUGAUGAUGAAAGGGAAUAUAUUAAGAUAAUGGUAAAAAGUCAGAUAGGUACAUAUCCAGUGCUCGUAGAUCUCCUUAGUGAAUCACAGAAAUUCAUUCGCAACGUUGAAGAACCAUACACUGUAAGUUUGCGAGAUGUAAAAAGAGCGAUCAAAUUGGUUAAGUGGUUUCAAAAGAGCCUAAAAGAACGAUCGCCAGUCAUGCGAGCUAAUAGAAUUUCACUCUUUAUGAAACAUUGGAGCUAUCCACCAAAAGACAAUAAAAAAUUGAUACGUUGUAGUUUUGUUUUAUCACUUGGACUUUGUUAUCAAUCACGUUUAUAUGAUCAAGAUUUACGAAAAAAAUAUCGAGAAUGCAUGUCACGGGUCUUUAAAGAACAUAAGGAGAAACUUAGUGCUUCAGAUUUUCAGAUGAUAAUUCGCAAAGAGCAAGAAGAUUUUAUGCAAAGAAUGGUGAUACCUCCAUCAACAGCUGAUAAUGAAGCACUUUUAGAGAAUAUUCUCGUGAUGAUUGUUUGCAUACUGAAUCGAAUCCCUGUUUUUAUUAUCGGUGCUCCUGGAAGCUCAAAAUCCUUGGCAAUAAGAAUCAUCAGCUCAAAUUUAAGAGGAGCAGAUUCUGAAGACGAAUAUUUCAAAACAUUACCACAGGUCUACUUUAUACCACAUCAAGGUUCAGCGUCAUCAACUUCGACAGGUAUCGUCAAGGUUUUCGAUAAAGCGAAAAACUACCAAAAAACAAGUUCAAAAGCAUAUCCUGUGCAAGCCGUAGUUCUUCUUGACGAAGUUGGUCUGGCAGAAACUAGUCGAUUUAACCCCUUGAAAGUUCUUCAUGCUCUUUUAGAACCUGGAUUUUCUAGGGAAGACUCUACAGAAAAUCUGGAAGCAUUAGUUGUUGAUAAAUCUAAAGAAAAUUCAAAAGAAAGCCCAAAUAAAAAAUCAAAUGAGAAAUCAAGUGAGAAAUCAAGUGAAGAAUCAAAUGAAAAAUCAAACGAAAAAUCAAAUAAAGAUUUAAUCGUUUCCGAAGAAGCUUCUAUAGAAAUAGUUAAUAGCGAUGGAGAUAAAGCUAUAGUAGAAGGUUCAUUAUCGUUAAUGCCAGAUAAUAAAAAUGAUAGAAAUGAAAACUCAUUAAUAUCAGAUAGUAGCAAAAAAGACUGUAAAAAAGAAUUUAAUGAUGAUCCAGCAGUGUCAGUUGUUGGCAUUAGUAAUUGGCGCCUGGAUAAUAGUAAAUCAAGCAGAGCAUUACUUGUGCAACGACCAAAAUUUGGCGUUGAGGACCUUAUCUUAACAGCUUCCAUGCUUUUGGAUGACAAAACUAAAAAUGGAAUCGCAGAUUCCAAACUCAGGCAACUUGCUGAUGCUUACCUUGAUUAUGAAAAGAAUCAAAAGUAUAAAAACUUUCACG